AUGCUCUUGGAAUUAUUGCCUACCGAACUUUUGCUUCAUUUAUUCGAGUACCUAUCAAUUUCCGAUCUUUUUCGUGCAUUUCAACGAUUAAACACCCGGUUCGAUCAAUUACUUCAUGUUCAAUUUCGAAAAUUUCAUUUGAACUUUCAAUCGAUGCCCAAAGCUGAAUUCCAUCAGAUUUGUCAAAAUUAUCUUCCGUUAAUUCAAAAUCAAACCAUUUCUCUCCGCCUCUCCGAUGACGAUGGCACACCAGAUCAGACUCGCCUUUUCUUUUCUCUACCGAUUCAAAUUCAUCAAUUAACACAUCUUCAAUCCAUUACUCUCACACACAUUCAUUUGAAACAAACACUUCAGCAGCUCAUGACGCAAUGCUCAUCACUUCCCUGCCUUUGUCGUUUAAAAUUUUAUGAAUGCUACAUAGCACUAUCAGAGGAAGAAAGUACAGACUUCUUCGAUAAAAUAUGGAGUUUACCAAAGCUGACCUAUUGCUACUUCGGCAUCUGCUUUGCCUUCGAAAACUUCUUUCCCAAUCCAACUGUAGUGUCAACAUCACUUCAAUAUUUAGCUAUUAGAGAUACUAGAUGUUCAUUUGUGUUACUGGGUCGUUUAUGUCAACAUACACCGAAUCUCCAACAACUUUCGAUAGUUUUCGCAGAGGCAAGUUUGGAUGAAUAUACAUUUUCAUCGCCAGUUUUGUCGAUUACGCGAUUGAAACUCGAAUUUCAUUGUGAGAAAACGAUUUUGCAAACUCUUUUACAAAACCUACCUCGUUUACAACAUCUGACUAUAUCAUUAUAUCGCUGUUUUGUUGAUGGAAAUGAAUGGGAAGAAAUAUUUCGAAAAUAUUUACCUGAUCUGAAAACGUUCGCUUUUAUUAUGAAAGUCCCACCACCGAACUGUGUAGACAAAGAAGCUCAGAUGAACGAGAUGCUAGAUACAUUUCGAACAAAAUUUUGGAUCGAAGAACGUCGCUGGUUUGUUCAAUAUCACUGGUACGCGUCAGAUGAAGAACUACAAGCGAAUAAUAUUCAGAUUUUUACUUUACCGUACCUUUUCAACAACUUCAAUACUGAUGGCAAAUGUAUUCUAGCAAAAUCGACCGAUCCAAAUGAUACUGAAUAUUCAACAGUGAAUACCGUUCGACAUAUUCGUUACAAUUCGACGUCUUUUAUCGAUUCUUUUCUUUCGCACUUUCGUUUUCCGAAUAUUACCUAUAUUUCGCUAAUGUUUCCAUAUGAUGAACAAAUCUUCGACAUCAUUCCGAGACUCGAUCGACUGAAGACUCUGUAUAUUAGCACGAAAGCAGAUACAGAUCGUGACACAAUCCAAUCACAACUACAAAUCUUACUUGAGCGAACAACUAGUCUCAAUAAAUUACUCUUUGGAAUAUGGUUAAAUGAUAAUUGUGAAACACCAUCAAAAGAGUUAGUUUGUAGUUCAGUUGAAGAACUGGAUGUACAAGGAUUUACUAUCAAUGGUGACUGGCGUUGUUAUGAUCAUGAUCAAUGUCUGCAGCUUACCCAAUCAUCAUUGGCUAUGCAAUGUAAAACUCUAUUGAUAAAAGUAGAAAAUCAAGAAAAUGUACUUGAUUUGGUGGACAAUUUGCCUAAUCUAUGUACGUUAAUCGUUCGAGUAGCAAACGAUCCUUUGGAAGAAGACGAAUUCGCCAGUGGAUCGCAACAAGAUAUUUUAAUCGAAUGGCUAAAAGAGAAUUUAUCAUCAACAUGCCAAAUUAGUCGAAGUACAAACAUUGUUACUGACAUUCGAAUAUGGAUUCAGUGA